AUGUUGCCCAGCCAGUUUGACCCACUGCUGUUAUCGGCGGUGGAUGGGAACGGGUUUGAUUUCGAUACAGUUUUAUCCCUCGACUCGUACCGCUCCAGCGGCAGGGAGAGCACGGCGGUGGAAAGCGUUCAGAGCCACUCGCAGGACUACGACGAGGCUGACUUGAAGAAGGCCCGCGAGUUGGCAGGAAUGCUUUUAGAUUCAAAGCGAACGUACCUCCAAGAACACAAACUACUAGAUAUUAGGGGAAUGGAGGACGCCUUCAAUGCCACCGAUAACUCCAAGAUGAUGACCAUCCCGAAGGCAACGUACCUCCGAGCCGAGCGGGUCAAGGCGACGCUAUCACUAAAAUACAUUGUGAUUGACCGUACUUACUCACACCAAGAUACGAUUAAGUUCCCAGGGGUGGAUGGAGUCUACAACCCGCUCCAGAUCAUUCGGAACCGUAAGUUGCGGGCCAAGUACCGCGAGCCGCCCCAGCUGAUUACGUUCAAGACCAUGCCAUUGGCGUCCACCGCUUUCAGCUCCAAGAAUAUUGCCGGCAAACAGAGACCCUGGAGGUUGAUGUGGGCCGUCGAAUUGAACGAGCUCGUGGGAGACCAAGCGUGGAGAAUGGGGCAUAUCUACGAGUUGAAGAAGCGCAACGGCGACCUCUGGUUCCCCAAAUCUUCGGGACUCUCUAUUGGCUCGGGAAAAGUUGCAAAGGCUCGCAAGCACGAGGGCAGGUUGAAGAUGAAGAAUAGGCUCCACGACAAGCUUUUUGUGGACGAUGACACAGAGUCGGGAGAUACAAAAUCAAUGGUGUCAGACCAGUCGGAGACUUCUGGUAAGUCGAGGAGGUCUUCCAACUUGUCGCCGUUGACGGAGCUCAAGACAGGGAGACGAGACAGACUAAAGACGAAGGUGCGUAAGACUUUGAGAGGCUCUCACGAGUCGGGGUCAGGGUCGGAGGUGGAAGAGUCAAUCCAGGGGGAUGAACUGGUUGAAAUCAAGGAAGAAAUAAACCCUUAUGUUGCUUCAAAAGACGAUUUGAAUAUCCUGUCGAGACCUUUUCAGACAGAACUUGAGGCUCCUUUCUCGUCCUUGAGCAACAUCAAGUUCAAGCCGACGGAAGGAAAGAGAAAUGAGACCGAUGUAGUAGAAAUUACAGAGCCUGACCUCGAGCAGCCGGUAUCACUCAAGCCCCAAAUAGAAAGUCUCGAUAUCCAAUUCAAAAAGAUUUCCAAUAACCAGAGAUUCUUCAGAAACUCUACCAUUGUAAAGUUGCAUUUUCUUGCAAACAUAUACCCACAGCUCUUUGAGUCUGCGUGCUCCAGAAUUGACGAAUUAACCAACACUACGAUACCCCGGUUAAAUCAAUUGAUGGUGGAUAUCAACGAUGAUACGAUUCCUACGUACGACUUGCAAUGCUCAACGAUUUUGAACGAAAUCAAGUCAUUGACCCUCAUCAUUAAUGACGAUUAUUCCAUCAAAAUCGACAACUUGCUUACUAGCAGUGAUCGUUUACUUGCUGAGAUAAACACUUCGCUAUCACUAGAGCUCAGAAAAGUCGACGAAAAGCUCGACCGAUUGAACAACUCGCUUUUCGGCAACAACUUUGUGGGAAAACUAGACUUGCACCAAAACCAGAAAAUAUCUAUGAACGAAUCGGGCAACUACAGAAUAGUAUACAUGUUACUAGAAAACUUUAUCGUUAUUGUAUUACGGGUUAUCUGGAUAGUAGCCAAUAUUUACAAGUUUGUGUUAUUUUGGUUUAAGUUGGUGUGGAAAAUUAUCAAGUUUUUGUUGUUUUAG